AUGGCAGCUUCCAAUGUGCCUAAAGGUCGCGUAGAAUCUGCCCUGUUUUAUAGCAAAUUAGAGGAACUAAAAGAAUCAAAGAAGGCAAAGUCAAGCAAAACCACAUUGUUUAUUGAAGAUUGUUUUUUUCGAUGAAACAACAACAUGGCUGCAAACAAAUCCUGAGUAGUGAAAGAGUCUUAAGGAAGCUAACCAAGCAGAAAAUUACAAGGAACAACUGGGUUUUGUCAAAUAGAGGAAAGAUUAUCACCUCAGAUAACAAAUGUGUAGUACCAAAGAGAGAGAUUCAU